AUGUAUGCAGCAGCAACAUCUUCGAUUCUGUCUCCAACACCACAAAUCUGCCNAUCUUCGAUUCUGUCUCCAACACCACAAAGUUUCUUCCUUUCUCAUCAUCUUCCUCCAAUUUCAUUCCUUUAUCGGUUAAAUUUUCUGGGUUUUCCUGUAACAAAGUGCUGCUAUGGUGGUGGAGACAUUGGUCUCUCUUCGUUUUAUAAACGACGGAGUGGUGGUAUUCAAAGACGGAGAAGUCGAAUCAUCGUCCCUAGAGCUAGAGUCUCUCCAUACGAGAUUCUUGGUGUGUCUCAAUCAGCGACUCCUCAAGAUAUAAAGAGGGCUUACCGUAAACUUGCUCUCAAGUAUCACCCAGAUGUUAAUAAAGAGGCAAAUGCGCAAGAGAAGUUUUUGAAAAUAAAGCAUGCAUACACUACCCUGAUAAACUCUGACUCACGGCGGAAGUAUGGAUCAGAGAGUAGUCGUGCUUCAUACUCGACGGGUCAAACAAGUCGUAAAAGCAACAGUCAAGUCGAGGAAGAUUUCUAUGGACUUGGUGAAUUCGUGAGGGAUGUUCAGAUAACAGUCGGGGAUUUCUUCAAAGAUCUUCAAGAAGAGUAUAAUAAUUGGGAAGCUAGUGCAUCCUCACAAGGAAAACCAAAAAGUCUUUGGGAAGAACUAGGGGAAAUUGGGGAAGAAUUUGUGGAGUUUCUUGAGAAAGAACUGAACAUAAGCGACGAAGACAAUGAAGGAUCAAGCAAAAACGGACAAAGAUCUGAUUUUGAAAAAGGCUCCUCCACGGAGAAAUCGUCAGGGAACAAUAAUAGCACAAAGAAUAGUAUAGAAGACAAUAUUGAUGAGAUCGAAGCAACUCUUGCUCAAUUGAAGAAAGAUCUUGGCUUGCAAUAAUCCCAUAAGCAUGAAAAUAGUUUUCUUAGUUGGUUUGAUACUCUGAUAUUUCUUUCUAUCAGUGAAAGAUUUUUUUCCUACAUGUUGUAACAAAGUAUAUUUCCUAGCAUAUUAUUUCAUUCAUGCACAUUAUUACAGUUUGGUAUACAAGCUCAUGCUUUUGUCGCCA